GGCUUGGCUGCAUCACGUCCUGAGGAUAAACUGACAUGUAGGCUUUGGACAUGUGAAAAUGUCACUUGGAUAUUGACAUUUUUUAUUUAUGUUUUAUAAAGAAAAGUACACUUUUGUACUACAGAGGGAUGUCAACACAGGUUGAGCAUGCAGCACUGUGCACAUGAAGGAAGAUAAAUCAACUCAGCUGCCGAGGCCUCGAACCUGAAACAGACGCUCUUACGACAGAAGACCCGCAGCUCCCUCUGGACACCUGGGACACCGAGAGCAACUUACGGCCUUCCUAGUGAGGAUUAUGUCAUUAUAGCUGACGACUUGGGCUUCUCCAGUGUUCGACAGCUACGAGGCAAAACCAGUCCUGCUCUCCAGACACGCAGCAGGGAACCAUGGAUGACUCUUAUCACAACAACGUGAACCAGCAGGUGACGGAGAGCGGAGAGUACACCUACACCCAGGAUGGAGGAGGUCACGACAGCUACCCUUACCAAACGGACUACCCUCCACAGGAUGAGGACGCUGCAAGUGACGCCACUGAGGGGGCAGAUGACAACGACCAGAUGUAUGAGGGGGAGUACCAGGGCAUCCCGCACCCUGACGAGAUCAAGGAGGCACGGCGGGCAGCCCGGAUGGAGGCCAGGAGGAAAGCCCGUCAGGCUGCGCAGCAGGUUGACGAGGAGGACAACCUGCCAGAGCAGUACGAGGCCAUCAUGGAGGACUGCGGCCAUGGGCGCUUCCAGUGGAUGCUGUUCUUCGUGCUCGGCCUGGCACUAAUGGCCGAUGGAGUGGAUGGUUUUGUGGUGGGCUUCGUCCUGCCCAGUGCUGAGAAAGACAUGUGCAUAUCCAAUGCUGACAAAGGACUGCUGGGUCUGCUGGUGUAUGUGGCCAUGAUGGUGGGGGCGCUGAUUUGGGGGGGUCUGUGCGAUAAGAUGGGCAGGAGGAAGUGUCUGAUCUACGUUCUGACGAUCGACCUGGUCUUCUCCUUCCUGUCCUGCUUCGCCCAGAGCUACGGCUUCUUCCUCUUCUUCAGGUUCUGCUCAGGCUUUGGAAUUGGUGGCUCCAUCCCAAUAGUGUACACCUACUUCACCGAGUUCCUGCAGAUGGAUAAACGUGGAGAACAUCUGAGCUGGCUCUGCAUGUUCUGGAUGUUAGGCGGCCUGUACGCCUCCUUCACCGCCUGGGGAAUCAUCCCUCACUACGGUUGGGGCUUUUCCAUCGGUUCAGAGUUCCAGAUGCACAGCUGGAGACUGUUUAUCUUUGUGUGUCUCUUCCCUGCGCUGGCUGCACUCAUCGGAGUCAUCUUCAUGCCAGAGAGCCCACGUUUCCUCCUGGAGAGCGCCCGGCAUGAUGAGGCCUGGAUGAUCCUGAGACAAGUUCAUGACACUAACUGGAAGGCCAAGGGGGAGCCAGAGAGAGUUUUCACUGCGACCAACAUUAAGACCCCACAGACACAGGAGGAUGAGUUCAUAGAGAUCCAGAGUGACACCGGCACUGCCUUCCAGCGGUGGACUGUCAGACACAUGACGAUGCUGCAACAGGUGAUGGCUAACAUCAUGUCAUUAUCAGCGCCAGAGCUCAGACUGCAAGGUCUCUUCCUGGUUAUUGUCUGGUUCUGCUUGGCUUUCAGCUAUCACGGGCUGGGAGUGUGGUUCCCUGAUAUGAUCAAGUACAUGCAGUAUGAGGAAUACGAAUCAAAGGUGCGAGUGUUCCACCGGGAGCGCGUGGAACGCUUCCACUUCAACUUCUCUCUUGUCAACCAAAUACACCGGGAGGGAGAGUACAUCCAUGACAAGUUCGCAAACAUUGAGAUCAAGUCUGUGAAGUUUGAGGAUUCUCUGUUUGAGAACUGCUACUUUGAGGAUAUCAAGUCAACCAACACCUUCUUUGAGAACUGCACCUUGAAAAACACUGUCUUCUACAACACGGAUCUCUGGAAGGAAAAGUUCAAAGAAUGUCGAAUGGAGAACACCACCUUCCUCCACCCAAAGAAGGGCUGCCAUCUAAACUUCCAGGAGGAAAAUGACAUUGUCAUCUACAUCGUCAGCUUCCUGGGCAGUUUGGCUGUGUUGCCUGGCAACAUCAUCUCAGCAUUAUUCAUGGACAAGAUAGGACGGAUCAGAAUUAUAGGUGGUUCGAUGCUGGCAUCGUCUGCCUGCACUUUCCUGCUGCUGUUAAGUUUCAGUCAAGGAGCUGUAAUAUGUUGGCAGUGCAUCUUCUAUGGCGUCAGUGUGGCAGCCUGGAAUGGACUAGAGGUCAUUUCCGUGGAACUCUAUCCAUCCUCUAAGAGGGGCACAGCAUUCGGUAUCCUGAAUGGAGUCUGUAAGUUUGCAGCCAUUAUUGCCAGCUUCAUCUUUGCGGCCUUCAUCGGCAUCACUAAGAUCAUCCCCAUCUUCCUGGCCUUCGCUGCUCUCGUCUGUGGCGGCCUGGUUGCUCUCAAACUGCCCGAAACUCGAGAGAAAAUCCUGUUGUGAAAAGCCAAGGACCUGCAGCCUCCAGGCUCCAAACACAGGAAAAGCAUUUUGUUGUAUCAGCGUAAACUGAAAUGGGAUGCCAAGAAAACAAAGCGCCGUCCUGUACUUGCUGUGUUCAUCAGUCUCUCGUGGUUAUUCUCUAUAAAAUGUUUAAAAACCUGUUUGGUUGCCUACAUGGACCUGUUGUUGCUUUCUGUUCCUUCAGUGAGCUCCACAGGCUGCCCAGCUUUUCUGACAGAAACUAAUGUUUGUCAUUUCCUUUUAUUUUCCAUUUACUGCCCACACAUACACAUACACACGCAGGGUAGACUUGUUUAUAUAAAAUUAAAUACGGGAUAAAAUUGUGUCUGUGCGUGAAAGGUGAUGUAGUUCAUGUUACCAUGUUGUGCUUUGAUUUCAUCCCCUGCUGGACAAAAAAAGGAGAGUGUGAGUUAUAACUGGAAGUGGAUUUGAAGCCUCACAGCCUCAGCUCAACAACAUCCCUGCUGGUGUUAUUGAGAGAAAACACCUCUUUCGUUCUCUCUUUAUAUAUUCUGCACUAUCCCGUGGUGUCUAUAGUCUUUUACAAUACAUGUUAUUGCUCAGUUUGUUCUCCGUAGACAAAAACCUGGAUUGACCGUCUUGUUUUAUGUAGGAGAUGUUUUUAUAAGAUCAAGUCCGACAUUUCAUUUCUUCAACCUGAUCCAAAUCCAAUCUGAAGAGCCAACUGGAUUUUUCCUCCUGUUUAUUCGUCUUAUUCUCGACUCUGAGACAUUGUGUCAUGUCCUUAAGUGUAGCGCUGUGUUCUGUAGAUGGUGAUAACGUAGAAUCGGUCUUUUCUGUCACAUCUUGCCAUGACAAUGUGUAACUGAACCGUUUGUUUAUUGAUUUUUUUUUUGUCUUUAUUUUCUAAAAAAAGAAGAAGAGAGAAUGUUACAAAACUGUGAUAUUUCAUGUUUUGAUAUUACACUCUUAUUUUAAGGUUCCGAUGUUUUACUGAAAUGGCUGCAUUUCUGACAACACGUGUCAACAUUUCUAAGGAGCAUGUUGUGGGAUUUUUUUUGUUGUUUUUUGUGUGUGUGGUUGUUGUCCACAUUUCUGUGAAUUCAAUGAAACACAACAGUCUGAUUACCGAUACUAUAUUUGUUGUUGUACAUAUUGUAGACCUGUGUAUAUUAGCCGUAAAAUAGUAACUCCAUCAUUACUUGAAUAAAGUUGCUUGUGAUCUUG